ACAUACACACACACACACACACACACACACACACACACACACACACACACACACACACACACUUGUAGUAAUUCAACAUUCAUGAUACACUCGUGGGAACGGCACCUUUAGAGAGCUGCAGAGAGGCGCCCGUGCAGGCGGUGGCUUGCUGGCUGUAAUUGGCAGUUAGCGGAGUGUUUUGUAAACUCCUUUGUGGCUGUGAUAUUAUACAGAGCACUGGGAGGCGGCGGAGGCCCAGGAUGCACCUGUGACUGCUGCCACGUGCGUAGGAGGGCCAUCUGCUGGGUGCAGGCACUUAGCUUACACACGCUAACACACCUCUGCAUGCUCAAGCUCAAAGAGCCACGCCGAGAUCCUCAGCCUUCGCUUUCAUCCGUCGUCCGUUCCCUCAUUUCCUAAUUAGGCUAGGACGCUAGCGCGAUGCAAUUAGCAUGGCGUGCAUUGAAGAGUCUCGUUCCUCAGGGAGUGAUCCGGAACGGAGCUUGUAUGAUGAGCCCGAGCCUCUUCCCGGGAAUUCGACCUCUUCCCAUUAAUCCUAUUGGCAGCAGAGUGGCGGCCGUCAGGUCCGUCCUUGCCGGCUGCAGGAUUCUCAGCGAAAGCGAGCCGUCCUGCGACUCUCCUCUGGUCAGCAGCGACCCCAAGGAGGACCAUAACUACAGCUUCGGUAAAUCUUCCAACUCGACACCCGGAGAGAAAACACAGCUCGACUGCGGCGCGUCCGAGUUCCACGCUCACGACGCCACCAGUGACACGGACGACGACGACAGGGCCAAGAUCAAGAAGGAGCCCAAAGAGUGGGCGGUGGACGCUCUGGCCCUGGCGCAGCACAACAAGUGGCACCAUUUGACAAAAGUCAAACAGAGAGUCGCCAGUGACAUGCUGCCGUUAAAAAAGAGGCGCACGGAGAAACCUCCGGAAAGCGAUGACGAGGAGAUGAAGGAGGCGGCAGGGUCUCUUCUCCACCUGGCUGGCGUCAGAGCCUGUUUGAACAAUAUCACCAACCGGACGGCCAAAGGCCAGAAAGAGCAAAAAGAGUCCAUGAAAAAUAACUGAACUGUGUUAUGAGGAAGAGGAAAAAAAAAAAAGAAACAUCACUUUUAAUAGAAUUUACUAUUUUUUUCCAGGACAUCAGGUGAAUUCUACUGAUUUGUGGCAAUAUCAA